AUGCUGUCGUCUGUGUCCCAAUACAUUUUCAAUAUCAUACCAAGUUUUCUCCCUCAGAUUAUUGACAUCAUUGAGUCCGUGAUUUACGAAGGCGCGGUCCGCUCUUGCUCCAGUCUGUCUCUGCCGGGGCUGGGCACACCAAAAAAUUUGAAGCGAAGGCUAUUACUGGUUUAUAUCCAUGGCUUCAAUGGUUCAGAAACUACAUUUCAAGAUCUCUCUUUGCAGGUUCACGGUGCCUUAGCAAGCCUGCUAAAUGAGUCGCAUGUGGUACACACGCGUAUAUAUCCUCGCUACAAGUCGGAAGGCGAUUUCCGAGUGGCAAUGUCCCAAUUAAGCCGAUGGCUGUCACCGCAUGAGGCAGAUGAUCUCGAUGUGAUUCUGCUUGGGCAUAUUAACUUCGAUACCCCUUUCUUGGGGCCAGAUCCUAGGGGUUUUUCUGCUGGACUGGCAACUUUGUUUCAAAAGAACGACGAAACGGCAGAAGAGAAACCGGCGGGUCAGAAAGCCCUGGGGUUCGAAGCAGUCUACAGUGAUCCUAACUUCAAUCCUCCAAAUCAUCCCUAUCCUAAAUCCAACUUUCAAUGGAUGGACGAUGCGGAUCUUGAAAGAAAAAAGAUGGCUAAGGAGAAGAGGAGAGCCGACAAGCAUAAUCUGAAAUCCCGAAUUAACGCCUUUGCGGGCCCCAUAAAAUUCGCCAGUGGCGUCCGGAAUCACGCUGAGCUGCAGCGGCGAUAUCAACGCAUGAAAGAUUUGGAAAAGGCAGAGCACAGCCCCGAGAGAUUACGCUUCAUCAACUACUACACAUCCAGCACCGGCCGCCGGGAAGUCAAAGAUUUCAAGUUCCGGACCUCUAACUCCACUCCGGCUGCAGAAGAAACGACUGAAAAGAGCGAAGAGUCGAUGCAUACUCUGAGAAUCGCAUCUUCUAUUUCAAGUAACCGGAGGGGGGGCCGAGCCUUCUGGGAAAGCGAUUCUCUAUCAACAUCAGACUCCAGUCAGAUUUCCGACACCCCAAAGGCCAAAAAACCUCGCAGAUUUAUUCUCCUACCUUCGGCUCAUUGGAAAGAAGACAAUGACUCUAACUGGGUACCGGUGACGAUGGAAGACAUAGAUGAAAUAGAAGCGCACCAGUCAAUAUUUUCCCCCACUGGCGCAUAA